AUGCAGGGGCGGCGGAGCGGUGGGGGGGAGGGGGGAGAUGCAGGGGCGGCGGCCGGACGAGCGGCGCCGUGGGGAGGGGGGAGAUGCAGGGGCAGCGGCCGGACGAGCGGCGCCGUGGGGAGAUGCAGGGGCGGCGGCCGCACGCCCUGCAGCCCGAUCUGGCGGCGGCGCCUGUGCCGGCGCGCGCCCUGGCGCGGGGACGGGGGGCUGGGCGACGGCCGGGUGGGGGGGAGGGGGGAGAUGCAGGGGCGGCCGGUCGCGCCUGUCUGCUGGGGCGGCGGCCGGACGAGCGGCGCCGUGGGGAAGGGGGAGAUGCAGGGGCAGCGGCCGGACGAGCGGCGCCGUGGGGAAGGGGGAGAUGCAGGGGCAGCGGCCGGACGAGCGGCGCCGUGGGGAGAUGUAGGGGCGGCGGCCGCACGCCCUGCAGCCCGAUCUGGCGGCGGCGCCGGUGCCGGCGCGCGCCCUGGCGCGGGGACGGGGGGCUGGGCGACGGCCGGGUGGGGGGGAGGGGGGAGAUGCAGGGGCGGCUGGGCGACAGGAAUGAGUGAUUUGGCUGUCCUUCAGUCAACUUAA